AUGGCUGUUUUACAAGCAGGCAAUACGCACCGACUUCAAAACACCAAAGACGACCAGGCAAGGCCCCCUGAGAGGUUUAGGGCUGAGGACUCCACUGUACGGCUGGAGAUUAAGUCCACCCCCAGGUAUAUGACCCUGAUGGCAGUCACCACCGCUCCGCCUCCUGUGGCUAUCGUCCCUCCAAUGAGUCCACAGCAGUCCCCAGGGCCCAUGGAGACAGAGAAUGCAGGCAAUGAGGUGCCAUUUAAGAUUUUACAGGCCUGGUCCAUCAACGAACAACAGGCGGAAAGCCUGUGGGAUAGAGCUAAAGAUGAUGCAAGUUCUCUAUCUGUCCCAAAUGAGAUGGUUCAAGUUGAGAGUGUUAUGGAGUGUGAUAAGCCUGUAGAUGCAUCUGCAACAAGUUCACUGGCAUCUACUGGAGAGGACAAUGAUGAGGUCCUUCAUGUCAAUCCACAGAUUGACAAGAUUUCACCUUCACCAUUUGUCCACACCAACCCUCAGGCAACUGAUAUUGUACGCAUAGGUGGUACACAGACAAUUGUGGACGUUAGCGCUAAUGGCGCAGAUGAGAGAACUCUUGAUUUGUCCACAAUUGCUGGGGUUCAGUUCAAGUUAAGUACGCUUCAGCAACUGGUUACUUAUCUGGAGAGUGCAGCAACAAUCACAGAGGCAAAGGAUGGUUUUCUAGAGGCCAUAUUGGAGCGGUAUUGGGGCGGGGAUACCUCUUACCUGGUAGAAACUUUAAAAUAUAAAAUGGAUGAGAAAAACAUGCAGGAUGUGUCUGCCUGGGCCGUAGAGGAUGAGAAGGCAGUGGUUUUCUUUGCAGUCAGUGGUAUAACACUGGGGGAAGUGAUCGAGAACUUUCCCAUUCCAGCACAUGUUGACAGCUCUUCCCAAGUAGGUUACAGGUCAUCAUGUUUAAAUGUCAAUGAGAAGCCGUAUGACAUUGACAAAGAAUCUGGAAGAGCUUGGUCUGUGUGUUUCAUACCAGAUAAAGCAGAGGAGAGUUCCAAAGUGGUUGGGGGAGUCAAAAUGGAUGACACCUUCGACAGUAAGAUGGAGACUGUAGACUUGCCUGCACGACAACCUGUUGAAGCAGAAGCAACAGACUCAGACCUCGCAACAAACACAGACUCAGAGACAGACCCCCUUUCUCCAAUGAUUUUGACUGUCCUCACAUCAGAGGAUGCUGUGAGACUGCUUGCUGAAACAGAGGCAACAGACACAGACCUCACAACAGACUUGGACACAGACCUCCUUUCCCCAAUGAAUUUGACCAUCCUGACAUCUGAGGAUGCCAUGAGACUGUUUUGCCAGAUCGAAAAUGGCUCUGACCUCCAACUCGGGUCCCCUGAACCAUGCUCUGAAAACAAAGAUAAGACACAGACAAAGCAACUAGAGAAUAUAGUAAGUGGCAGCUUAGAUAAGUCUUGCUACUGUCCUUGUAUUAUUGAAACUGACAAUGGGUUUGAAAGUGGCCUAUGCUCCAGUUGUCAGAGAGAGAAAGGAUUGCAGCAAGGUACAAGAUGCAUAACAAUCGCUCACUGCUUUUCCCUGUCAGAUACAAGCGACAAUUCAGAUCAGGAGACAGAAGCAACCGACUCAGACCUCGCAACUAACACAGCCCUCAUGAUGGACGCAGACCCCCCAACAGACGCAGACUCCGAGACAGAACCCCUUUCUCCAAUGAUUUUGACCGUCCUUACAUCAGAGGAUGCUGUGAGACUGCUUGCUGAAACAGACUCUGGGGGGAAGGCGACUGUGGACAAUCAAUGCAGGGACAAGAAGCAGAUGCAAUCAACUGAAGAAGAGGGUGAUGACAAUCAAUUCAGUGACAUUAAAACAGAGGGAGAAAUGCAGCAAUGUACAAACGUCGUACCGAUCACAUACUUUUUUUUCUGGUCAGAAACUAGUGAGGAUUCAGAUCAGGAGACAGAGGAGAACCCUAAUGAACAACAUGCUCAGAUUGAGGCUCAUGCUUCUAAUGUUAAAAGGACGGAGCCUGAAACUGAUGCCAAAGAACCAUGUGAGUCAGCCCAAGAACAUACUACCCAAAGCAAAGUCAGUCCUAGUUCUGAGGAUAGGGAAAGAUGGCAAGAGAAGGACCAAGACUGUAGGAUGAGUACAUCACCACUUCCCAAGGUUGAAACCCCUUCUAAGUUAAGAGCUAACAUCAUAGCAGACAACUGGUGUUCACCUAUAGAGGACUGUGGUUCACCUGUAGAUAAGUAUGACAAAGUUGCGGACUUUUUCACCCAAUACAAAACCUGUAAUUCAAAGAAAAAUAUAUAUAUGUAUAUGGAAAAGGAGAAUACCCUCCAUCCAAAGUCAUCUGAUAGACAAAAGCUCAAGAAAAGCCAUGGGAGAGCAGAGAGGAGACGGUCACCAUCCCAACCCCCUAAGAGCUCUGGGGUGAAGGCAACUGUGAAUAAUCAACGCAGGAACAAGAAGCCACAUGCGUCAAACAAGAGUAGACAUUCGACUAAGAGUGAUGAAAAUCAUUGCAAAGACAAGAAGAGGGGAUCAUCAACUGAGAAAGAGAGCGAGGACAAUCAAAGUAGGGAUAAGAAGAGGAGACCUUCAAUUGAAAAAGUGGGUGAGGGCAGUCAAUCUAGGGACAAAAUGUCACAGAAGAGGAGAAAUUCAACUGAAACUGAAGGCAGGAACUCUGGUGACUCCAAAGAGUUGCAGUACCAGUUGGUGGAAAGAGAGAGGGACAGCGGCAGUGGAAACGCACCGCCGUGCCCUGCGGUGAAAACCCCCCAUGUGCAGGGGUCCUCAACUACCACUGUUCCUCUCAAACUCUGCAUUAACGUUACUGAGGAAGUCCCCAAAAUGCCAAUGGAACAGCCAAAAACUAAAUCCCCGAACAAAACUAUCAGACACCGCUCCCCUGCAAAGUCAGUGUCUCCUGUUGUCAAAGAGAGGCCGAGGAACGGCGUCAAACACAAGCAAGAAAUUCAAUGCCUAAAAGUCAGAUUGGAAAAGCUGUCCUCAUCCAAACAUCUUGUCAGGAAAGGUUCUCCACCAAGCCGGAAGAGAGAGGAAGGUUCCCCACCAAGGCAGAAGAGAGAGGAAGUUUCCCCACCAAGGCAGAAGAGGGUGGAGGAUAGAGGAUACCCUGGGGGUUUAGGGGUAAAGUUUUCUAUGAAUCCUGACUCGUCCAUGAAACUAAAACGUAAGGCAGAGAGCGACUUGACAUCCCAACAGAAGUUGACAAAGAUUCCGAAGGUGUUGAAUAGUAAUGAGAAAGGAAGGUUUUCAAAAAGCGAGUGUGAGAACGACUCGCCACCCCCCAAGCCAAAGUUGCCAAGGAUUCCCAAGCUUCCGAGGACUCCAGAGGUUUCAAAGGAUGGGAAUGAGGGAGAGAACAGAGAAGAGACAUCUCCCAGUGCUUCACCUGAAUCACAAACACUGAACAACCCUGCAAAGGUGGCACACAAGCCGAAACCUUUUAUCAAGCCUGCCAGUCCCCAUGGUAAUAGUCCAGGUAGUCAUGCAUGCCCUAAUCCGGCCAGGGUAUCGCCGCCAUAUGACAAUGGACAUUUUGGGGCAAAAGUCUCUGCGAGGCAGCAUGUGUUCUCUGAUUGGGAGAGCAGCUUUGUCCCGACUCCAACCCCCCGGACUCGCAGACGAUCAGGGUGUCCUCCAGAGGAAGUGGAAGGUCCACAGGCCAGUCCCAGGUCCAGCUCGGAGACCAGGAUCAUCCGACCCAUUCUAAAAUGUGUCGAUGCUUCGCCAAAACCCAAGCGGAACAUCAGCUUCGCUUUGAAUCCAAGGACGGUGCACUACUUCAAGCCCUGUGAAUAUGAAAAUGACGUCAUGUUCAACAGGUCUUACACGGAUCCUGAAGAUGCACAGCAUUCUAACGAGGAAGAGGAAGAUGCUCCUGUGAAUUGCCAGAACACGAAGGAACAGCACCCUGUUAGGGAAGAGAAGCGGCAAGAUAUAGGGGAGCUGAAGCCUGGACCAAGCGGUGCAUGUGAAAAGAGCUUCAAAAGGAAACGUGAAAUACAUGAGCCUGCUGCCAUUUUGAUGAAGAAGAGCAUUGUUCAGGCAAACCAUUGGAUGAAGUGUCUCCAUCGUGAACCUCCGAAAGACUCCAGACACUCGGGUAAGGACACCAAUCACAAGCCACUGUCAAACGAAUAUGGUAUGUAUUCCCUCAAAGUUUUUGUGUAAUAUGUAUAGCUAGCAUUGGCAUGAAAAACGAACACACAGAAUAACACACUACAGGUCAAUAUUUAGUUAAAUUUUAUUCGAUUUCCAGUCAUUGACAAGUUCUUCUGGUUACAGCAAAAAAAACUGGAGUUGGUUACAAGUGGUCAGAGAAGCAGAAGAAGUGGCCAAAUGAAAUUGAAGGUAAGUCGCAGGCUAUGGUAGGCUACUUUUACAUUUGCGUUAAUGAUUUCCCAGUAUUUCAAACAAAGUUGUAUAUGUAUUUUAGGAAAAUGUCAGACGUAGACAGUUUGAUGUUGGGUUCUGAUUGGAAUCAUCUAGAUCAGGGUUUCCCAAAGUCGGUCCUGGGCCCCCCGGGUGCACGUUUUGGUUUUUGCCCUUGCACUACACAUCUGAUUCAAAUAACCAAAGCUUGAUGAUGAGUUGUUUGUUUGAAUCAGCUGUGUAGUGCUCAAGCAAAAACCAAAAUGUGCAUCCAGGGAGAGCCCCCAGGACGGACUUUGGGAAACCCUGAUCUAAAUGAAAGGGUAUUAUGUUAUUUAUAGGAGCUGAGUAGUGAAUGCAAAUGUAUCAUGCUAUUGUACACAGGCCUGUGAGCCUGGGUCAAUAUGACCUAAGUGAGAGGGGUGACACAGAAUACUGGUGGGCAGACAGGUGUAUUUCCCAACUCUCACAGGAUGUGACUCAAUGCAUUACCAUAUGGAUUUGAUAAGGGUCAUUCCAUUUGAUUUCAUUCACUUUUUGACCACACCACUUUUGAUUUGAACAAACCUUCCCAUACCUAUUUGCCCAUGGUAGAAGAUGUCAGAAAGUGACAUUUUGGACCUUAUCGAUGAUAACCAACUUGUUGUUAGGUAACUGAAACCUAUAUAAGUGCGACUUGUUUUGACUGGGUUGGAACAUGUUCUAGCCAUGCUCUGAGUAUAUUCUGAGGCAGUGUUCCUAGGAUCCUGUGUACGGUGAAUAAAUAGACUUCUGAACUGAAAAGUCACCUUACUGAUCAUUCAUCUCCACUUGGAAAGCCAGUAACUGGGGGACGGCUAUUUCCUACAGUGCUAAUGUAAAUAUUUCUCACCUGCUUGCUUAUGUUUGCCUCUUAGGUUCCUCUCCGAAUGCAAGCUCCCCUCACAGUAACCAUCCAGGUUCCUCUCAGAAUGCAAGCCCCCCUCACAGUAACCAUCCAAGUUCCUCUCAGAAUGCAAGCUCCCCUCACAGUAACCAUCCAGGUUCCUCUCAGAAUGCAAGCCUCCCUCACAGUAACCAUCCAAGUUCCUCUCAGAAUGCAAGCUCCCCUCACAGUAACCAUCCAGGUUCCUCUCAGAAUGCAAGUCACCAUUCAGGUUCCUCUCAGAAUGUAAGCCCUCCUCGGGGUCACUAUUCAUCCUCCAGCCAAUUGAGAAGAGUUGAGCCAACAGCCAGGCACCAUAGCUCGCCCAUGAACGAAUGAAACGAGCGGUGGUCAGGAGACAGACGUGAUUCGUAAGCCAAUCAGUCGGCCCUGACAGGAUACACCAGACAACAGUAAUUGAUGGGAACUGGCAAAGACAAUACUUUUACCUCAUACCUGACAUUGUGCAUAUGCUGUUCUUUUUAAAAACUUGAAACAACUACUUACAGUGCCUAUAAAGCCAUAUUUAGGCUACAUUAUGCAGUUUACUUUUCUACAUGUUUUUAAAUGAAUACAUUUCUCUCUCUCUAUAAUAGGUUCGGUUAGCUGUGGUUGAAACAGUCAGAAGUGUGUUUUAUAUACUAUGUAUAUGUGUUAUUGUAACUCUUGACAUCUAACGGUGAUUGGUGUUUGGUUACCCGUAUUCCUAUAGUAUUGUUUGCCUACAUUGUUAGGGCAUCAUAGUGAUUGAAUCAUCAUAGUGAUGGUAUUGGAUUUAGUUUGUUUCUAGUAUUUGUAUUGUCUAUUACUAUUGCAGUCAGAACUAAAGCUAAAGGGGAGAAACCAGACUGAACUUAUUGUUUAACGAGAUUCUGCUGUCCCAUACACAAAAAAUGUGUCAAUUGUAACAGGUGUUUAUUAACACUGGUGGUAAAGUGGGUAAAUAUAUCAUGGAUAUCCAACAUCAAAUUAUGUUUGAAAGCCAUUAUGUCACUAUGUUUAUAGUUAUCUGUGGCCAUAGAUGUUGUUUGUAGUUAAAUUCAACUGAUACUGCUGAUGUUCUGAGUAUUGAGGAAUGUAUGUACUUACUUGUACUACGUCUUAAAAAUUGUUCGAAAUGCCAAGUUUAGUUUUUAAUAUCUGUCAGUUUUUGUCAGUUUUGAUGCUGUAUUAUGUUUUACCUCUUUUUACUGUAUUGUUACGGCACUGAACUAACAUAAAUACAGAAAAUACAUUUUUGUUGUUGCCUAUCCUCUCAGACUACACAGCAUCCAAUGAAGAUAAUUGUAGUAUUAUUUACCCCCUCCACCAGGCAGACCACAUUUGAGACACACAGUUACACCACCAGAGGGAAGCAAAGUACUAUUUUAAUGUUCCUUUCAUUUCAGUCACUCACUUGUGCAAGGCUUCUGGGUCCUCCUAUGUGUUGAGACUUGAGACUCACAUAGGUGAAUGGAUAAGAACAGAUAACAGAGGGGAAUCUUCAGUCAUAUUUUCUGUUUCUGGAGGCCUGUUGAGAAUGUAUAGUUAAGCAAUAAGGGUUCAAAUCUAGCCAGUAUUCAAGCAAUCCAUGAGAGAUACUUUUUAUUUAUUUUCUUCCCCAAUUUCGUGGUAUCCAAUUGGUAGUUGCAGUCUUGUCCCAUCGCUACGACUCCCGUACGGGAGAGGCAAGGGUCGAGAGUCGUGCGUCCUCCGAAACACAACCCAUCCUAGCCGCACCAAUAUGCCAGAGGAAACACCGUACACCUGGCGACCGAGUCAGCGUGCACUGCCCCGGCCCGCCACAGGAGUCGCUAGUGCGCGAUGGUAUAAGGACAUCCCUGCCGGCCAAACCCUCUCCUAGCCUGGACGGCGCUGGGCCAAUUGUGCGUCACCCCAUGGGUCUCCCGGUCGCGGCCGUCUGCGACAUAGCCUGGAAUCAAACCAGGCUCUCUAGUGUCACAUCUAGCACUGCGAUGCAGUGCCUUAAACCACUGCGCCACUCGGGAGGCCCAUGAAAGAGAAUUAUGGAGUAAGCCAAUGUAACAGGAGCCUUUCUCCUCCAUCCUCCUCCCUGUUCUCCCCUCUUAUUCCUCGGUCUCUGUGACAGGAAGACAGUUUCUCAACAAUUGGUCAUAAUAUUCGACUGUCCUCUGAACGGCUGUAAAUGAGCUGUGUGUGUUUUGAUCUCAGCAGCACAGAUGUCAGAGGAGAGGCCCUUCCCAACACGGUGCUAA